GCCAUAAUCGACAAAAUCAGCGACGCUUUAAAAAAAGUAGACAUACUCGUGACGAUGAGCCGUGCGAAUAAUAAAGGCAUAUUGAAGGAUAUCUUAAUCCAAAACUUUAAUGCCACUAUACACUUUGAUCGCGUGGAUAUGAAACCAGGGAAAUCGACAAUGUUUGCAACGUGCAAGGUUGAUGACGAACAAAAAUAUUUCCUGUGCAUGUCGGCAAAUCCAGCAACCGUUCCUAUUGUUACACAAAUAUUCCUUCUGCCGUUUCUGGACCAAUUGCGCUUGUACCUCCAUAAGGACUCUACCCAAAUACUUGCCUGCGCAUACCAGCAAAAAGAGAGUUAGGAAUUUUUGUGGGCGGCCUUACACUUGAUCGAAGAAGACACAUUUGCAAAGAUUUUGCGCUUGAAAAACAAACAAAACGUGAUGAACUAUCGAGACGCUAAUGCACUUGUAAUAUAUGCUGCCCCGGCGCGACGUACGUUGAGUAUCCAAAAUUAGAGCCCUCAUACAUAUUAGCUCAUACAUUUGCUUUCUGACUUGAAAUAAUCUUCGCUAAGAGAUUUUUCAUUGACCAACAUUCGCAUAUAAUAUUAACAAAACGUUUGGUAAUAAUUAUAAACAUUUUGUUAUAAUUGCAUUAUUUUGUUAUAAUUAAUUACCUUACAUUUAGUUGAAACUACUUCACUAAGAUUUUGGGCAAGAUUUUGAGUAAUUUUGACUAGACCACGACUAGAUUGUUAUAACAAAGUCUUUUUUUCAAUGUAUGAGUGAAUCUUACCAUUUUAUUUUAUUAAGUGAAUAUUAUCCUACUAGUAAUUUUUCUCGUUUAAAUUGUUUUCUGAGUGUAAACAUA